AUGCCUGAGGACGAUUUUGACAUCUACGGCGAAGACGACGGCUUCGUGUUGCACACAGAUGACCAGGGUGACCUACUGCAAGACGAGGUCCAGGUAGAAGAACCUGUCGAAACUGUGGCCACCACUGUUGAGCCAUCAACCGGCAACAAGCGUCCCCGGGAGGAGGAAGGACAAUACUCUCCCUCGGAGUCACGUUCUACUCCAGUAAAUUCACAAGCCAAGACCGAGCCUACUCAGAACGGCACUGCGAACGGUAAUUAUAGCCCAGGCAUGGCUAACGGUGGACAGAUGGGCGGUGGAGGGGACCCAUCUGUGGCGGGUUACGAUGCGCUGUAUAUCGGAGAUUUACAAUGGUGGACUACGGAUGAGGACCUCCGUCAGGUCGCUCUCAACGUUGGAAUGAACGUUGACCACCGGAACAUCACAUUUUCAGAGCAUAAAGUCAACGGGAAAAGCAAAGGAGUUGCAUAUGUAGAGUGUGCCAACUUCGAAGCUGCCAAUGCUAUCAAAACGUGGUUUGACAACAACGAGUUUCAGAACAGACGAGUAACAGCAACGCUUACUAAUUCUGCACAAGGGAAUCCAUUCCGCACACUACCGAAAGAACCACCCCCACGCGAGCUGAGGAUGGGACAGCAAAGAGGCACAUACCGAGGAGGCGGCCCCCAAACGGGCGGCGGGGGUGCACAGAAUGUAAUGGGUAUGCAGCGUGGUGGAAUGAUGGGCGGUAUGAUGCGUGGUGGCAUGCCUGCUAUGAUGGGUAAUAUGGGAAUGGGGGGCAUGAACAUGCCUAUGGGACCAAUGGGUGGUAUGGGGAUGGGUAAUAUGGGUAUGGGUGGCUUCGGCGGCAUGGGUAGUGGCUUUGUCGGAGGACGAGGGGGGAUGAUUCCCCAAGGCCCUAGAGGAGGUGGGAUGAUGGUAGGAAGUAGAGGAGGCAUGGGAGGCAUGGGAGGCAUGGGUAUGGGAAUGGGCGGUGGUGGCCGCGGUGGCUUCAGCAUGCAAGGUCACUUCAAUCCGGCCUUUAUGCAAGGCGGGCAGGGAGGCCAGUAUGGGCCUACCAAGCGCUUCCGAGCAGAUGAAAGCAGUUGA